AUGGCUGCGUUUUCUCGCCUGUUGCUGUCGAUCGGGAAUGGCACUCAGAUGGCGUUCCAAGUCGACGUUGGAUGGUUCUUGCACACGCAAGCUCUUGCCGUAGGCAAAGCCGAAUACACCUUGCACCAGCGGUUCGCGCUCGUAUGCUUUGGAGGCCCAAUGAGCUUGCCGUGA